UCCGGCGUUCCUGACGCGCACCCUCGGUUUGCUUUCGCGUUCGGUUUUGGCCGCAGGACCCAGAAGGCUUAGGGGAGGCAGCGGAACCUGGACUCUCGCGGUCAGCCAUGGGCCCGCGUCGCAAGACGAGAACUCCGACGAGGCGGCCCUCCAGUCCGGCGCCCGGACCCUCGCGGCCAUCCGUGAGCCCGCGUCGCGAGCCGAGAACUCCGACGAGGCGGCCCUCCAGCCCGGCGCCGGGACCCUCGCGACGGAGCUCCGGUGUAGGCGCUCAGGCACUACACAGAAGACGGAGACUCCUGUGGCUUAAGGAGAUCAAGAACCUGCAGAAGAGCACAGACCUCUUGUUAAGGAAGAAGCCUUUCAGCCGUGUUGUGAGAGAGAUAUGUGGGAAAUUCAGCCGUGGUGUGGAUUUAUAUUGGCAAGCCCACGCCUUGUUGGCCCUUCAAGAGGCAGCGGAAGCGUUUCUCGUUCACCUCUUUGAGGAUGCCUACCUCCUCUCCUUACAUGCCGGCCGAGUCACACUCUUCCCCAAAGACAUACAGCUGACCAGGAGGAUCCGAGGCAUCGAGGGAGGACUCGGCUGAGCCGGCAGUGCGAUAUGUCUAGACAAUCCUGGAACCUUUGGAGCUGCAGUUAGACAGUGGUGUCUGAGGAGCUGCCUAGAUUUUGCUGUUUUUGAACAGUGGCUACACGUUGCCCUUUAAACUGUCUUUCUAACAGAGAAGAUUAUGGCUUUCCUCUGUGACAGAGGAGGAAGAGACCAUCUCUGCCUGCUGUCAUGGACAUGAGUGUUUGCAGACCAAAGGUCAGCUUGGUUUAUGAAUUGCUCAACCUUAUGACAGAGUUUCAGACACAUGAGAUCUGCCAUGUUCUGAGGGGAUAUUGUUAGUUUACUCUUACUGUACUGUGUGCAUCUUUUACCAUGUGUAUUUGUACUUUUUUUAAAAAUAUAAGAGAGAAAAAUCUGAAUAAAAUGCUUGAAUCUGUUG